CAGCCCAAAUGAGAAGCAGCUGCUGCACCUGUCACACUAUCCAAGGAUGUGGCUCCAUAGCACUCACUUCCUUUUAGUCUCAUUAUCACUUAUAUUUUUGAAAUGUAAAGCUCAUGCUGCGUCCAAAAAAUCCCAAGCUGAAGUUUCUAACCCUGGCACUAAUCAUACAUCCAUUUGCCACGAUGAGUUCAUGUCUGUUUACCUUUCAAAGACGCAAUUUCCUGAUCUCCGUUUCAAUAUUUAUGUUCAAGAUGAGAACAGUGGAUAUUACCAAGCCAUCUCUAUAGCAAAACAGUGCCACUACUUCCUUGGAGAAGCUGACACCUUUAUUGUCUUAACUGUCGCUCCAAAUGGAUGCUUUGUGAAAAGACAAAAUGAUGUCACAAGUCUGACUGUUGUCAUCAUAGCACUUGCAGACAGAGGGAGAGUUGAAAUUGUCAAGUCAAUACCUCUCCUCUGUGAAAGGAAAAUAAAAGAGGUGAACACAAAUGAUAAACCACUGGAGUCAAAAAACAAAUUUUGCAACAAGGAUGGGUUCAACAUUACUAUUUAUCAAAAUGCUACAGUCCCACCUCUGAACCUGGAUGCUGUCUGGAUCCCUUCUGGCCAAAACGAAAACUGUAAACCCAAAAUGAAAUCCAAGGUAGCUGUCACAUUCAGCUUUCCAUUCACUGAUUGUGGCACUCAGUCCAAGAACGCAGACGGGAUCAUGACUUUCUGGGUCAACAUUGAGGUGAAACAACAUCUGCAUGAAGGCCCUAUUUUUCGUGACACUCCUCUCCUUCAUACUGUACAUUGCAGCUUUGCACUGGCACAAAUCACUCAGCUGGUUGUCGAGGUUCAGGGUGGAAAAUCUGAGUACCCGUCCACACUGAAGAAUGAAGGAAUACUGAGGACGGAAAUGAGGUUUGCCAAAGAUUCCAACUACAAGUCUUUCUAUUCCUCUCGAGACCCUCCAACAGUGACAGAGCUUGGCAAGCCUGUGUAUGUGGAAGUGUUUGUUCUCAAACAGGAAGACAAGGACAUGGUGUUGUUGCUUGAAGACUGCUGGGCGACACCGACUAAAAACCCAUAUGACCCACAAAGAUGGAACCUGCUCAUUAAGGGAUGUCCUUUCAGUGGUGAUAGCCGCCAAACUGGUGUGUUGCCAGUUGUCUCCAGUAAGGCGCUGAAAUAUCCCUCUCUUCAUAAAUGGUUUGUGGUCAAGAUGUUCUCAUUUGUGAAGCCACCAGUGUUUGAAAACCCGGAUGUUUCAUUGCAGGUAUAUUUCCACUGUGCCAUAGAGAUAUGUAAGGGACCAGAUUGCUUACAAUCCUGCAGUGAUAAAAGCCGUACAUUAAAACGAAUCGUACCAGGACCAGCACAGAGCAUUCUUUACAGUGUAGUCUCUGGUGGACCUCUUAUUUAUCUAUUGUAAAUAACCAGAAAAAGUCCUGGUAUUUAAAUAAAUAUUUCAAAGCACACUAGAGAAACCGUUCAGGCAAACAUUGUCCAUGAUUUGUAAUAAAAAAUAAACCUGUGAUUUAC